AUGCCCACAACCAACUGGGACACACCAGCCAUGAUUAACCGCAUUUGUAGCCUACUGGUGCACCAUGGCGUGCUUGGUGUCUCUUUGGAUGAUGAUAUUUUUCACAGGCGAUACUGUCUCACUUCAGUGUCCAAGUACUUUGCGCGUGGUAACCAACAAGAUGGGGUUUCCUUGGCACCCUUGAUGGAUUUGGUUCUUGACAAGGUUUACUUGGAUGGUUGGUCUCAACUGAAGAAUGCCAUUCUUGAAGGCGGACUUCCAUUUAACAGGGUCCAUGGAAUGCAUGCCUAUGAGUAUGCUGGCAGGGACGGCAGGUUAAGUCAAGUUUUCAACACAGCAAUGUUCAGCCGCACUGCCAUAAUUGUUAAGAAGAUCCUUGAGUCCUUCAAAGGUUUUGAGAACCUCAAGCAGGUGGUUGAUGUUGGUGGUGGCAUUGGAGUGGCACUCAACUUAAUCACUUCCAAAUACCCCAAUAUAAAGGGCAUUAAUUUUGACUUGCCUCGCGUCAUAAAACAUGCCCCAUCCUUUCCUGUUAUGAUGUCUCUUCGAUCUAUAAUAUUUGAAAUAAUAUUGUGGUGUUUUUGUGUCAUUUCUCCAAAGUCUGGGAAGGAACUUAUACAGCCUCUACAACUGUUGAAAUAG